AUGCUCGAUAAUUUGCCAGCCGUUUUUGUCAGCAUGGCGACGCGAGUGCUGAGGCUCAGGCGCCCAGCCUGGCAGCGCGCCCUGGCAACAGGCCGCAAUGCUGGCUUUCUCUCGCGCUUGGCGGAGGAGCUGCAGGGCAUGCGAGACGCUGGCACCUUCAAGGUGGAGCGCGUCAUUCAGAGUCCUCAGGGCGGCUCGGUGACUGUGGCUGGAGGGUCGGGGCCUGUCCUCAACUUCUGCGCCAACAACUACCUGGGCCUCUCCAGCCACCCUGCGCUUGUCAAGGCGGCUCAGGAUACCCUGUCCUCUCAUGGCUUUGGCCUCUCGUCGGUGCGCUUCAUUUGCGGAACUCAGGACCUUCACAAGGAGCUGGAGGCCGCAAUCAGCCAAUUCCACGGCACGGAGGACACCAUACUCUUCCCUUCCUGCUUCGAUGCGAAUGCAGGUCUCUUUGAGGCCUGCCUAGGUCCAGAGGAUGCCGUCAUCUCUGAUGCGCUGAACCACGCAUCCAUCAUCGAUGGCAUUCGGCUCUGCAAGGCACAGCGACACAGGUACAAUCACAUGGACAUGGCUCACCUUGAGGAGAUCCUCAAGGAUUGCGUUGCCAAAGGAACGCGUCAGCGCAUGAUUGUGACAGAUGGAGUGUUCUCCAUGGAUGGAGAUAUUGCGCCACUGCGCGAGAUCUGCGACCUCGCGGAGAAGUACGAAGCGCAGGUCUUUGUGGACGAGUGCCACGCCACCGGCUUUCUAGGUGCCACGGGCCGUGGCACGCCGGAACUUUGCGGAGUCUCAGACCGCGUCGACAUUGUCAACAGCACUUUGGGCAAAGCCCUCGGUGGCGCCACCGGAGGCUACACCACAGGACCCAAGGUCCUCAUAGACCUUUUGCGGAACAAAGCGAGGCCGUAUUUGUUCUCCAAUACGCUGGCACCAGCGGUGGCUGGUGCUUCUUUGGAGGUGUUUAAGAUGCUCUCGAACAGCGCGGACUUGCUCAGCCGCUUGCAGGCCAAUGUGCAGCACUUCCGUUCCUCCAUGGCAGCUGCCGGCUUCAAGCUCAGCGGCCACGAGAGCUGCCCCAUUGUCCCGGUGAUGCUGGGGGAUGCACGCCUGGCCAGCGAGAUCGCCGACGAGAUGCUGAAGCGCGGCAUCUAUGUCAUUGGCUUCAGCUUCCCUGUGGUGCCCAAGGGCGCGGCGAGGAUCCGCGUUCAGAUGAGCGCGGCCCACGAGCCGCAGCAGGUGCAGCAAUGCAUCGAUGCCUUUGUGGAGGCAUGCGGCGCGCUGCUGCGGGACUCUCCGCCCGAGUUGCAUGCACUCAUCAGGCGAAGCAGCGGUCUCUCCAACCUUUGCAAGGACAUAUUGGAGAUGUUGAAGAAGGCAGCUUUUGCAGGAGCCUCCAGCUCACAACGAGGGGCAGGUUCAGAGCUUCCAGUUGAACCCGAGGAGCUUGUAGCCUUGGGAGAACAAGCUUUGGACCUGGAAGAGAUGGAGGACAGCAUGCUGAAGUGGCCAAACCGAGAUGACCGGGCUGCCCACCAGAGGUUAGUGGAGACCGGCAUUGGCUCAGCCCAGGCACUGCUCACUGCGCUCCAAGACCGGUCUAGCGGAAAGUGUCGCUUGAACCAGCUCUUGGAGGAAGCUGGGUGCAAAGGCCUGAAGGCUGAGGCGGUGGCGUCCUUGUCCGAACAGCUCGAGGUGCGCGCGAGGCAGCGCAUUGAGGUGAUGGUCGAGGGCCCGCAGCCCGUGCUGCUGACGGCACCACACAACAUCUACUUGCGACGUGACGGGCAGCCCCCACACAUCAUGGAGGAGUACACGACCCUCAUAGCACAGCGACUCGCGCGGCAGCUUCGUGGCGCUUGUUUGUCAUGGAGCCGUGCAGAGCAGAAGAGGUCGGAGCUGCACUGGAGCCUGGCGCGAGUGCGGUGUGGCGAGGAGGGAGACUUCAGCAGCUUCCUCGCCUGCAAUCGAGACCCGAAUUACCUUCACACCGAGGAGGUGACGCAGAAUCCAUGGUUUCGUCAAAUGGCAAGGAUUGCUGACCAGUGGCGGCAUACAAAGGACGGAGGCCUCCGCCCAACGCUUCACAUUGAUGUCCAUGGAUGCAGAGACCCGCCGGCCACGCCAUCGCACCUGACGGUGGGACUGGCGGCCAUGCGCCAUGAGGUGGCGAUGGGGCGAAGUCCCCUGUCUCAGGCCCGUGUGGAGGCGUUUGCACAGGCCCUGCAGGCAGAGCUGAACUCCGUUCUGAGCAACCUGGAUUUGCGGCCAAGGUCGCAAUUGGUGCGGGUGCUGCUGCCGGCCGGAAAGUCUGGAGACCUGGAGCGCCUCUCCGGCGCUUGGCCACAGGAGGAGCGUCGCCUCACGCAGUCCCAGCAGGCAGUGGCGUUUGCCGGGUUCACUCACUCGUGCCAGCUGGAGCUGUCCAAGGCACUCCGGCGGGCGCUGAGCCGUGAUGACGCCGCCACAGGUCGACUGGGCCGUGCUGUCACCAAGGCGCGUGUGCCACAAGGCAUGGCUUUCCCAGGCGCGGGUGCCUCGCAAAAGGCCGGGGAUCGAAGGCCGUACGGCCGUCCAACUUCCAACUUCGAGGCGCGAGAGGCGCUGCCCACCACUGCGGCGAAGCGUACAUUGAUAGAUGUCUUGAGCAACGAGCAGAUGCCUUUGACCGAUCUUGCGACACCUACCUCUCAGAUGCAGAUGCAGCUGGCGGAGCAGAUGGCAAAGAGCAGCUCUUCGCCGGCGUGGACUGGAACUUUGUGUUUUCUGCCCAAGCCUCCAAGCUUCCAAGCUCAGCGACAGGACCUGGGCGGCACGACCAUCUCCGUGGGAGUGGUGACUGCGCAAGGAGAUCUCAAGGGAGUUCUGCAAGCUCCCCAGCCCUUGCCAGCCAGGCCUCUCCCCCUCACCCCUCGCUUGGCUCCACUUGGCUCUGUCUCGAUGGACCCAUGGACCGGCGAGCCGAGGACCGAGCCGCUGGGCGAAGACCACACCCCGGCGGUCAUCGUGUGCCGCAUCCGCAGCUUCGCCGUCCUGCGGAGCAUAGACUGCGCGCUGCAGGACCUGCGGGCUUUGGGCGUCUGUGCCCCAGGGCUGCUGGACGCCCGGCGCGGGGUGGUCAGCGCGGCCGCAAACCUCCGCGGCUGGAGGGAGGUGCCACUGGUGAAGCUCCUCGCAGAGGAGAUGCAGUGGGAGCAGUCCCGGGUAACGCUGGAGAACGAUGCCAACACGGCGCUUCUGGCGGAGGCUUGGACUGGUGCUGCUGCUGGCAAGAAGCAUAUAGUGCUCCUCACGAUCGGCACUGGCAUUGGCGGCGCCAUCAUGUGCGAUGGACAGCUGCUUCGGGGCAGCAAGGGCCAAGCCGGUGAGAUAGGCCUUUCAAGCAUGAGGAAUUUGCUUUCAAGCAAGUCAAACACUGCAUUGGGUCACAGCCUCAGGCCACAUUAUUAUGGUGCCCGAUGGCCUCUGCUUUGGGCAGUCUGGGGUGCAAGGCAUCUUCGAGGACUAUGCGUCCGCCCGAGCAGUGGCCUUGCGAGCCAAGCAAAGUAUUCCGCCCAGCUCGUCCCUCUCCAAGCUUGA